AUGAAGUUCUCAGCUUCUGUACUCAUUGCAGCUUCUGCCUUCGUGCAGGCUGCGCCAUCAUCAGUAAUCGCGCGCAAUAAUGACGGCGCAACGAUCACUCCCAUUCGAAUCAUUCAAGAUAACUCCAGUUAUGCCGUCCUCGAAUUCAACCCUUUCGUAAAGCCCAACACUCUCAAGGUCGCUGCUCGUUACAACACCUCGGAAGGCAACCUAAAGCCGUGGUUGAGCAGACAUCCUAUCAAUUCAAGAUGUAAUGAUCACGCUGUACCAAAUGCUCCGGGCUAUCUGACUUCGUACUCUCUGGACGCCAAGACUGGCGAGAUGAAAUAUAUUGACUCUGUCGACACCGGAGGAUAUCCUGUGCCAGAUUACGGCGUUGCAGCGGCGCAUUGUGCAUUCUUCCCUGAUGGCAAGACGGCGGGAGUAGCAAACUGUGAGUUUCAACUCAUAGGCUGGCAGCUGACGGGAGCAGACUUUGGGCAAAGUGCUUCGACAUUUUCGUUUGACCCUCAGACCGGUAAAUUUGGCUCUCAAACCAACAAAGGGGUUCUUGAUUUCCCAGGAUAUACUCCAGUAGACGGACAAAUCGGUGUUGCUGGCAAUGAUAACACAUCUCAAGCAGUGAAUAUCAGGCCAUACAAGGUAGACCAGAAGACCGGGGAGCUAGCCCAGAUACAGGACGACGCAGCAGAGGUCCACGUCAGUAACGACGGUCGUUUCCUUUACGCUUCAAACCGUAAUCUUACAGCAGCUACCCUCAUUCAGCCCGGUGAUGCUUCCGACACACUUGCCGUGUGGUCCAUUGGUACCAACGGUACUAUCACUCGAAUUCAAUCGGCAAUGGCAUACGGAGCUCGGCAAAUUCGAGCCAUGGAGCUCUCGCCAGCUGGAAUGACGGCAACGGCAGGUGGACAAGACUAUAUAGUUGCGGGAGGUUUAAAGACAGAUAACACGUUCAUCUUCAAACGAGACAGAAUGAACGGAACGUUAGAGUUGGUAGCUCAGACUGAAGGAACGUACAUGCCCGCGACAUAUCUGUGGCUUGGGUAG